AUGUCCAUUGACACCUCCACCCUCUUCGAGUCGGCUCGCCUUCACUACCGCUCCGCGCGCGAUGCAGACCUUGACGAGAUGGUGGAGAUGUACCAAGACUCGGAGAUUCAGGCGUCUAUGAUGGCUGGCGCGAUCGUCCCCCGUCCAGAGGCGUUCAAGGAGACCGUGCGCGGCUGGCAGCCGAAUCCGUUAUGUGUCGUCGCCUCGGACAAGGAGACGGGCACGUUCAUCGGGAGCGUGUCUUUGCCCGAUGCGAGGUUUCCGAACGAGUUUGAGCUCGCGAUGAAUGUGAAGAAGGACAUGUGGGGGAAAGGGUACGGGAAGGAGAUGCUGCUAUGGGUAGUACAGCACGCGUUCAAAUGGAUGCCUGGUGUGCAUCGUAUUACCCUCAAGGUUUUUCAGAGUAAUGCGCGCGCAAUUGCGCUAUACAAGAGCGCGGGCUUUGUACAAGAAGGCGUGAAACGCAGAGCCAGAUGGAGCGAUGGAAAGUGGGAGGAUGUCAUCCUGAUGGGUAUUGUGGAGGACGACUUCGACCCAUCGCGUGCGCGAGUGUAA